AUGAAAACCUUAUCGAAAUUCGUACCAAUAAAACAUUACAAAUCCUUUUACAUUGAUGACAAAACAACAUCUACUCAACUAGAUAAAAUAAUUACUGAAAUUAAUGAAACAAAAGAAUGUAUCAUUGUUCCCUAUGACACUUGGUCAUCAAAAGAGCAUAUAUUUCAAAUGGAACUGAUAAAACAAUCAUUUUCAAUGAAAACUAUUAUUCAUUCGUCUGUUGUAUGUCAUGUUAUAUCUGCAAAAAUUAAUGAAUUACUUUCAAUUGUUUUCUCAUCAUCCACUACAAUUCAAACAUGGAGUAAAUCCAAUAAAGAUUUAUUAUAUAAUCAAGUUUAUUGUGGCUUUCCUACCUGUGAUACAGCGAAAGUUAAUUUUGUUAAUAUUCAAGAAUCUUUUAAAACUUGGUAUAAUACAACAUUUGGCCAUGAUGAAAAUUGUGGUCAAAUUCUUGAUUUUAACGAUAUCGAUGGUCCAUUAUGUAUGUGUUCACAUAGACCACUUAAAUGUUCACAUGAUAAAUGGUCUCUAUCCGAUGCAAUUGCAUAUACAUUUCAUGAAAAACUUGAUACGGAAAAUAGAGAUUUUCCUGAAUGUCUAGCUAUUACAAAACUCUACAGCUAUCAAAGAAAAUUGGAGUCGUCAACCAGUCCAUAA